UUCUUCUUGCCCACCACGACCGAGACCAUGCAGCAGCAUCCGCAUCCGCAUCGCCCAGCCCGCUUGGUCCCUUCGGGAAGCGAGGCUCGGGUCGGGCGCGGGUGUGGGCGCGGGCGCUGGGCAAGGUGUGGUUGGACCCUGAAAGCUGUCCCAACCCGUCCGUCUCUGUAACCCAGGCUUUCAGGGCUCUCUUCUAAUAAACCCACUCACUAUAUCUGCCCCAUGCGCUCCUCCACCGCUUCCCUCCUCGAGCUUGUCCACUGGUGGCCACGUCGCAUAACUCUCUCUGCCGGUUUGCUGAGCUGACCAGGCUACCUGCGGCAUCACCUGCUCCAUCACCUGCCCUUCUCGAGUCUGAUCAGCAUUGGCAACUCCAUCAGCAUCAGCAUCAGCACCAAUUCCGCCUCUGCAGCAGUCACUCCAGCUUCCGCACCCUGUUCGUGCCGCUAACCUGAAUGAGAACGUACAGGGGACCUGAUACCACCUACGUAGCUCCUCCAGUACGAGCAUUGUCCCGACCGUCACACGACCGCAGACCGCCACAGUUUAUCUUUGUUUUCUCCUUCAGCCCCGUCCGUAUCUCGUCCGCUAUACCACAUCUUACCUACGCUUGUGGGCUCCCGACAACCUCCAACCCCAGUGUGCCAACGCCGACAUCUUCUAUUCCGAUAGCUGGCAAUGUCUGGCACCGGCAUGGAUGAACAAAAGGGCCCCGGUCCCCAAGGCCGGAGCGACUCCAUUGAUGAUUACGAUGUAUUCGACGAUGCCAAAACAUACUACGCAGCCGACCGUCACAAGGGCACAAAGGCCUCGGCCCGGACUCGCACCUUCUCCCAGAAUAGUCUCAUGCAGCAGAUGGAGAGACUGGGCCUGAAGGAGCCUUUUCGCCGAGGAAGCCAUGACGAGACUACCCUGAAGCAGAACCGUCGGUUUCUCAUCUCGGUCGAUGCCACCCUCGAGAGUCUACAAUCGCAGGAGGACACAGAUGGAAACAUGCAGAUCACAAUCGAGGAUAACGGCCCCAAGGUGCUCUCGCUUCGGACGGCUGCGUCCAACGGUUUCAACAGGUUCGACAUUCGAGGGACUUACAUGCUGUCCAACCUCCUGCAGGAGCUGUCCUUGGCUAAGGAGUAUGGCCGUAAACAAAUCAUCCUGGACGAGGCACGUCUCAACGAGAACCCGGUCAACAGACUGUCCCGUCUCAUCCGUGACCAUUUCUGGGAUGGCCUGACGCGGAGGAUCGACGCUUCUACCAUCGACAUUUGCGCCCGGGAUCCCAAGGACUGGACCGAUGACCCCCGCCCACGCAUCUAUGUCCCCUUCGGCGAGCCCGAGCAGUUCGAGUUCUACACCAAGGUAGCAAAGGAGCGGCCGGAGCUCAGACUGGAUGUCGUCCGCCUUCCGGACGCGAUGGAGAUCACCGCCGAGUUCAUUCGUGACCUGAAUGAUGCCCCUGGUCUCCUCGCCGUGGAGAUGGAGAAGGUCAAAGACCCCAAGACUGGCGAGGAUACGCUGCGUGGUCUGCCCUUUGUCGUCCCUGGCGGCCGUUUCAACGAGUUCUACGGCUGGGACAGCUACAUGGAGUCGCUAGGCUUGCUUGUUAAUGACAGGGUUGAUCUCGCCAAGUCCAUGGUGAUCAACUUCUGCUUCUGCAUCAAACACUAUGGCAAGAUCCUCAAUGCCACCCGGUCUUACUACCUGGGUCGGUCACAGCCUCCUUUCUUGACCGACAUGGCACUCCGUGUCUACGAGAAGAUCCGACACGAGCCAGGAGCCCUCGAGUUCCUCCGGGGGGCUAUACUGGCAGCCAUCAAGGAGUAUCACAGCAUCUGGAUUUCUGCUCCUCGUUAUGACCCCGUCUCAGGCCUGUCGCGGUACGGGCCAGUCGGUAUGGGCGUUCCGCCGGAGACGGAGGCUAACCACUUCGAGCACGUCCUGGCGCCCUACUGCAAAAAGCACAACAUGGAGUUUAAGGAAUUUGUUCGCGCUUAUAACAAACGCGAGAUCCUCGAGCCGGAACUGGACGAGUACUUCAUGCAUGACCGGGCCGUGCGGGAGUCAGGCCAUGACACCAGCUACCGGUUCGAAAAGGUCUGCGCGAACCUUGCAACCAUUGACCUCAACUCAUUGCUCUACAAGUACGAGACUGAUAUCGCCCGCACCAUCCGAAACAUCUUCGGCGACAAGCUGGCCAUCCCUGAGGAGUUCUGCGCCGGCUCACUCGUGCCAGGCCAGGUCGAAUCGUCUGCCAUCUGGGAUCGCAGGGCGAAGCGCCGCAAGCUGGCCAUCGACAAGUUCCUGUGGAACGAGGAAGAAGGCAUGUACUUCGACUACAACACGGACACACAUGAGCAGACCACCUAUGAGUCUUGCACGACCUUCUGGGCGCUCUGGGCAGGUGUCGCGUCCCCCAAGCAGGCCGCUGCCAUGGUGACCAAGGCGCUUCCCAAAUUCGAGGCGUACGGAGGACUGCUAGCCGGGACACUUAAGAGCCGUGGCGAAAUCAGCCUUGCCCGGCCGAACCGUCAGUGGGACUACCCCUACGGCUGGGCACCACAGCAGAUCCUCGCCUGGACGGGUCUCUACCGUUAUAGCUUCACGGAAGAGGCCGAGCGGUUGGCGUACAAGUGGCUGUUCAUGAUGACCAAGGCAUUUGUGGACUUCAACGGUGUAGUAGUCGAGAAGUACGAUGUGACAAGACCAAUCGACCCGCACAGGGUUGAUGCCGAGUACGGGAACCAGGGACUGGAUUUCAAGGGCGUAGCGAAAGAAGGGUUUGGCUGGGUCAACGCCAGCUAUGUCUACGGUCUGCAAAUCGUCAAUGCCCACAUGCGCCGCGCGCUGGGCACGCUGACUCCGUAUGAGACUUUUGUGAAGGCUCUGGAGGAGAACCAGGCCAAGACUCUCUCCGAACUGUCCUAGACGGGUCAUUCUGUGCUUGCUGUUCAGCACAAACUUUAGACAUGGGCGGGCAUGUGAUUUUGGUGUUCGAGACGGACACGAUUCCUGAAAAGCGACGGUUAGCAAAGGAUAGGAGUUUGAGGUAGAGAGCGAGCUUAAGCACGACUAGAUUGGGCAAGGGCACAUUCAAGUUGAAGGCGGUCAACGGUUGACAUUCUUGGGUUAGUGCACCUUGAGAGAAAGAAGGCAUAGGUCCGGGUACGACAUGAUGAGAAUCAGACUGGAGAGAUGGUAGAUAACGUGAACACGGGCAGACGUUGUAACGCCUGGUGGCCGCACUAGACGAACACAUACACCUAAAUAGCAUGUCAAGCUCGAAUUCAGUUGUGAGGAUCUCGACCGACGCCACAUUACAUGGCGCAGGGGCAGUUUGGCAGUUUUGACAGUAUAGGGCUCGGAAGUUGACCGAGAGACGACCACACUACUCCGUACACGCAAGCGCAUGGUCCCCUAGAUGUUCCUAGAUGUUCCGCAUGUGACAGCUAGGACGAGUCACGGAUGUGAGACGACGGGUUUGUAGGGUUGAUGGAAGAACCGAGGUCCCACAAC